GCCAUGAGGGCCCCGCGGCGCUCCUCGUGACGUCACUCCUGGAGAAAGCUCUGAUUGGGUGUUAGAGCCUGGCGCCACACGUCGCCGCGUGUGAUUGGUCGACGGCGAGGCGGCGGGCAUGGGGGAGCCGUGGCGGGGUGAGCGGCGGUUCCGCUUCGUGGGGGACGCGGCGGGAGGAGCCGAGCGGGAGGGGCUGGAGCUGAGAGUCCCUGAGGUGCCGGACCCGCAGUACGGGAUGUACGCCUGGCCCUGUGCCGCCGUGCUGGCUCAGUACGUGUGGUUCCAUAGGAGCGCCCUGCCCGGCCGCAGGGUGUUGGAGCUCGGUGCAGGUGUCAGCCUGCCCGGGAUCGUGGCAGCCAAGUGCGGUGCCGAGGUGACGCUGUCGGACAGUGAGGAGCUGCAGCAGUGCAGGGAUAUCUCACAACGGAGCUGCAUCAUGAACCAGCUGCACCACGUACCCGUUAUAGGCAUCACAUGGGGCCGUAUAUCCCCACAGCUGCUCGCUCUCGAUCCCAUAGAUAUCAUCUUAGGAUCCGAUGUCUUCUUUGAUCCAAAAGACUUUGAAGAUAUUUUAACUACAGUUUCCUUCUUGCUGGAGAAGAACCCACACGCUCAGUUCUGGACCACUUACCAAGUCCGAAGUGCUGACUGGUCUAUCGAAGCUUUGCUCUACAAGUGGCGAUUGAAGAGCAUCCACGUUCCAUUGCAUUCGUUUAGUGCAGACAAAGAGCACUUGGCCAGUUCUUCUCUACCCAGCAGACACACCAUUGAAAUGAUCAUCAUCUCAUCAGCAACAUCAGAUGGUACUUAAGUUUAUUCCACUUGUUGGUUCCAUUUUCCAUUACAAGAUGAUACUCAACUCUAUCACAGAUCUGCAGGAAACAGCCUGAUUUCCAGCAAUCCUGUGGAUGGUUUGGAAAGCAGAUCCCCAUUAGUAUGAACACAAUAAAUCUGUUUCUUUAUGUAA